AAAGGUUGCGAAGAAAGCGAAGUGUCUAGCCAAGUAACGGAGUCUUCCCCACAAGAAACAGAAAACUUAAAGCCUUGGUCACGCAUUUUUGAUGAAGCCGAGAAACGCCAUGAGACCCAGCUAAACCCAUUGAUCAAUGAGUACGAAGGGAACGGAGAUUCAGAAAAUGUGGCCCGCGAGAACACUCCUCUUCCCGUUUACAGAAAAGAGCUAAGAAAAGUACUCUUAGAGAAUCUACAGUGCAUGCGUGCAAUGAAAAAAGAUCCACCUUCAAAAAAAGUGGUGGAAACCCAAGAACUUAAAUAUUGA